GGCCAUACGUCCAGUGAGGUGUUUUCUUGAGCCAUGCCGUCCAACUCAUUCAACCCGGAACGUGGAUGGGGCACAACCCGGAAGAGUUCAAGAGGAGCUCAGGUACGGGAUGCCUCAUAAGAUAGGCUUCACUGUGAUCAGCUGGUCUGGUCAUGAAGAAAACUACAGUGCCAAAAAGUUGAUGCUCCAUGCACCCACCAACAAUGGCUGGAGAUCCACCAGGUUCUGUCCAUUUCCUCAGGAAAUCACUCUGCUCUUAGUUGAGAGAUGUCGCAUCAGAAAACUUCAGCUGCUAGCCCAUCAGUACCUGAUACCGUCCAAGAUAGAGUUCCAUGUUGGAGACCGAAUGCCAGAUCCCAGCCCACCAGAGCAGGCUCAAAACCUCCAGAGACUUGGAUAUGUGUCUCUUUCUGACAAUGAGAAGACUGGUUUCAGAGCCAGAGAGCUGAAGUCAGUUCAUGUUGAUGCAGUGGGGACGUACCUGAAACUCACCUUCCACAAAAACCAUGUCAAUCAAUACAAUGUCUAUAACCAGGUUGCAUUGGUGGCCCUAAAUAUUUUAGGGGACUCUGUAGAUGGAAAUUACAUCAGCACAGCAGUAAGCAGAGAUCAGCUGAUGGAUCAAUAUCUCAACAGCAGUCAACACGGCUCAGCCCUGGAUGGCACAAACACAGGACUCUCAAGUUAUAAAGGCGAUUCCAUCUCUCCGCUUGAUGACCUUGCGUUUGACAUGUACCAGGACCCUGAAGUGGCUCACAUCAUCCGUCUACUUGAUCAGAAAAAACAGGACGUGGUUCAGCAGGAGAAAUUUGAUCUGGCCAAAAAACUCAAACAGGCAAUCGCUGAUCUGCAAAAGGUGGGUGAGCGUUUGGGCCGGUAUGAUGUGGAGAAACACAGUGCCAUAGAACGAGAGGACUACGACACCGCCAAGCAAAAGAAGGAACAAACGGAUGCUUACAGGCUGAAUGUCUACCAGCAACUGGAGCUCCACAACCUGCUGGACAUCAGUCAGAUCCAGAGAAUUUCAGAGGUUUUCAACUCUGAAUUUCCCUCUCCUCGCUCCGGUAAACAGAAGCACACCCCUCAUCUGGCGAAUUCACGUAGGAAGAGGAGUCAGGGGCAACAUGCGAUCGGUUCAGAUGAGCAGGACACCCCAAAACCUGUCAGUCCCAAACACACAGUUGCCCCAACACCCCUCACUCCUCCUCAGAACUCCAGGAGUGAUAUGAGUGCCACUCCUUAUGACGAGAAGCCUCUACCUGCUCUUAGGAACAUGUCGAGUGAUCAGCUGGUCGGUCAGCUUGAAGAAAUGCCCCCUCUGACAGUCUCAAGUACCCCACGCAGCCCUGGGGUCCCGGGACAACCAGAAGUGCUCUCAGAGAAUGCUCAGAGAGAGGCCAGUCUGCCCAUUGAGAUCUAUGGAGACAGUCUGGUGGCAGGGGCCUUUUCUAAGACCUGGUCCUACAGAGAGGAUGCCUUGCUGGGGGUCUACAAAAAACUGACGGAGGUCCCACCUGGAACCCCAAAAGCAGAACUGCGAAGCAUGGCGAGAGCUGCUGUGUUCCUCUGCAAGAAAGCUCUCACUGAUAAAGUGUCAUCCGUGUUUCAGGGGUCUCUAAAGCUGCUUCGUAUGAUUCUCAGUGAGUUUAUUCCUAAACAUCAGCUGGGAAGAUCAGAGGUCAGUCACUGUGUGGAACAGACCUGGAAUAAUCUGCUGUGUAGGACCGGAGACUCUGCCCUGAGACUCCGAACACUAGCCAUCACCUUCAUACAGGAAAUGGCUUUAUUGAAGGAGGUGAGAGUUCUUCAGAUGGUGCCUGUGGAACUUGUCAAGCCCAUACAGAGCAGUUUACCUGCGAGACUGGCACUUAGCAGACUGGAACUGCUAGAGAAGCUUCUAGAACAGCUGGGCACCAAAGACUCUGGGUUCACCCUCGACAAUGUCAUGCGGUUUUUGGCAGGAGGAUUGGAGCACAGUGCAGCACCAGUGCGAGAACUCUCUGUGCGAGUUGUUCAGUCCAUGUACCGUCUUCAUGGUAAAGCGGUUCUGAACUACCUGCCACCGGAUGACUCGAGCACACGGAAAAACGUUCUAUACAAAAACCUCUUUGAUUCGCUAACUAAGUUAGAUGGAAAAAACGUAGAUACGCAGAUGCCAAAAAAGGGAGCAGAAUGGGAAGAAUGUCAGCGAGAGGAGGAGGAAAUUAGGAGCUUACAGGAGCAGAUAGCAGUGCUGAAGGAUAUCAGUGAGAAUGGGAAGGAAAAUACCAAAGUACCUGAGAAAAAGGCUGAGAGGACAAGAAAAUCAGCUGUUAAAAAGGGAGCCCGGCCUGCUGAUGUGAAAGGCAGCCAAUCAGCUGUGGCAAAUUACUUGGACAAUUUGUGUAUUUUCUGUGGGGUGCGAGAUGAGUCUUUCACUGAGGAUGGACUGGACCUCCACUACUGGAAACAUUGUCCAAUGCUGCAGCGUUGUCUUCAGUGCAGACAGGUGGUGGAGAUUGCGAGCUUGACAGAGCACCUGAUGACAGAGUGUGAGCGGAGGGCCGAUUUUACCCAGUGUCCUCUCUGCUCUGAAGCCCUCGUCCGAGACAAGUUAACUGAGCACGCUCGGAGCACAUCUUGCAAUCCACCAGCUCCUGGAGAAAUCUGUAAUCACUGUCCUCUCUGCCAUGAAAACUUUGCCUCAGGAGAGGAGGGCUGGAAGUCUCAUCUCAUGGGAGCAGACGGUUGUAAACAGAACACGCGGCAGAGAGCGCUACAGCAGAGUACUGUCACAUACACACAAGGAAAGCUAGUGAGCACAGCUGUAGCUAAGACGACAACAUCCACAUCCGAUUCAAAGGGUCGAGGGAUGGGGAGAGGCAGUCGCAUCCCUGCUCCCGCAUCCAGAAUCAACAGAGGCACAAGAAUUCAGCCAGGCAAGGCCUCUAUCCACCGGCUACAGCAGGCUUAGCACAGCGUUUACAAAAAACCAUUUACCUGGAUGGAAAAAACCUUAAUUCAUAGCACAAUUAUGUGAAUUGUAAUACAGGAGCAGGGUAAUAUUAAAUAUUGCACUAUAGUUAUAUUGAUUUAGAAAUGUUUCUAAAUGACACAAAAAGCAGUUAGUAUAGUUGGUCUUAGCACAUGCUGAGGUAAGAUUUAUUCUUUGCUGAAUGUAACCCAACACAUAUAGGUGGCUGACAGCGCGACAAUCUGUGUCUUGAUGGUUUAUGGACGGAGACACUUGACCAGUGAGCAAGAACACUGCUCUGUGUUUACCUUUUAAUUUCAGGCUUCUCACCUGGAUGUUUUGUAAUUUAUUUGAAAGUUUAUUCUUGUAUCUUGUUUUAUACGUUUGUGUAGCGUGUGAGUGUAUUGUGCUUGUUGUAUUUUAUGGGAACCUUUUGUGAUUGUAGCACUUUGAUCUUUUGAAAGCAUCAUCAGCACCACAGCCAAAUAUGAAAAGUAGCCUUAAAAAAAAUCAGAUAAUGCACUUCAGUUUCCUCAUGAACUCUGUUUAAUCAGCAGAGAAAAGUUUUUCUUGAAGAGGACAGCGACUCAUUCAAGUUGCGGAACCAAUUUGGUGCGUUUGAGAAAAUCAUGACUUGUUGAUGCAGAAAGAGUGCCAACACAUGAGGCCACUGCUGGCAGGCUAAUGGGCCAACAGGGAUGAUUUACAAGACGUGACACGAUUCGACUUUGCAUCAGUAUUAUAAAAACUCUUGGUCUCAUUUGCAUUUUUCUGUCAAAAAUGGCUGAUAUUAUUUAUAGUUGCUGGCUCUUGUUUUUAUCCGUAUUGUGAUUCAAGGCCCAUUUGUUGUUCUAAAUCUUGGACUGAGAAUUGGGACAAACAUUUUGCUAUUUGUUUUAGCUCACAUAACUACACCGUACGUGCGUGUAGUUUAAAUCAUCACAGGUCAACAGAAAUGGAAAUAAUGUGAAAGGCUGAACAAGUUUAUUCUGUGCCUGAUAAUAAGCCAUAAUAUUAUAUUUAAGGUAUUCUGUGUACAGUGAGCUGCAAAUGUUGUCAGUCUGUAAGGUUUGUUGCUUAAAUAGCAUGGCAUACAAAAACGUAACAAAGUUAUGCCCGACUGACCGUAAGGAACAAACUGACUUGGACUGUUCCCGGCACAGAGGGCGUCAUGGUCGUUUCCUUUUAAGAAUGUAUCAUGCCAGCAAACCUACAGGUGUGACCCAUUACACUUAUAUACAGAUACGUGGAAAAAUAUUUGCAAACAUGGCUGAUGCUUACAUAAAAAUGUAUUUAUUUAGCAAACAAACGUUUGAAUACAGUUUAUUUACGGAAGAGAUUAGUGGUAGUAUGAGACGUUUUGAAAGUAGAGCUUGUUUUUUGUGUUUGCUAUAUGCAGUAUUUAUUUUAGGUAGAAGAGCUUUUGGCUGUUAAAACAUUUAUAAAAAAUAUACACCAGUAAGAGUAAUAUUGUGACAAUAAAAUACAUUUCCUUUUUCUUAAAAUUUCUAAAUCAUCACACAUUCCUUUCAUAUGCCUCAGCUCAAUAUAUCAACAUCAGUGGAACCUGAUAUCCGUUUUGUAAUUUUGUCCGUCAGAAACCGCUUUAAUAAAUGUUAUUGAAA